UAUUAUUCUAGCUCGUAAGAAAUAAUUUGCUGCGCUUCGUCAGCACACACCGUCCACAAUCCGUCCUUUGUCCUUUCUCCGAAGAAGCCCCCUCCUGAGGGCUCUCCUUUCCUGUCUGUCUGUGUUAAUUCCCCUCACCCUGGCGGCAUCCGAGUACUUCCGUUAGCCACCUGCACACUCGCACACGUCCUGCGCUAUCCUAUUGCCUUCUUUCCCGGGCCAUUGUGCAAAGUGCUCAUUACGGAUGUCGAACAGUCCUCCGUCGCCACCGCCACCACCACCUUCACCAACGACCACCCUGCCACCGCUGAGAACGGUUUGCUUGACGCCCAAAACGCCGCUCGCCGAACUGAACCUGGAUGUGCUCGAUAACAGCAAUAAUCUGCGGAGCGGCGCCCCCACCAAACCCAACCAUAGCGUGAUCCUUUCGUCGGGCGAGUGUGUGUGGGCCACGCAGUACCCGGCAAUCCAGAAAGCCUGCUUUUUGCAUCGCGUCUGCCAGUAUGCGCCACCGCGUGAACUACGGGUCCAGAACGUGGAACCGAUUCUGCAGAAUGGGCCCACCUGCGGUCUCACCGCGCUCAGCAUGAUCUUCGAUGGGUCUCCGUCGGCCAGCGCGCUACUCGAACUGGCCGUUCGGCACGGCUACUCGAAGAACGGCGAAAUGUUUAGCGCCCGCCAGCUGAACGACCUGUUCGCGAUUGUCCUCGAGGAGAACCGCCACCUCGUCGAGUACAAACCCGUUACCCACGCGCUGGUCGGUGGAUGGAUGGAUGAUCCCAACAUCCAGAUCAAGCUGCGCCUCGGCGCCAUGUUUUUAGUGCCUUACGAUCCCGAUAAGAAUCACACCCCGUGUCUCAACAAGGGUCACCGCGCCCAUUGGGCACUCGUCGUUGGAUAUUUGAUCGACGAGUUCGAAGAUUUUUACGUGUUUGCACGACAUGGGAAAUCCAAAAACCUCGCACUCUGGUCGUUGCGUGAGCUGGCCAAGAGCAAUGCUAAUCUAGUCGAGUUCUGUCAGCCACCAGGGCACCCGAACGAAACGUUCAUCCUGCCGGAGGGCGGCAUGGGUGGCUGCAAUGGGCUGCGGUGUAAGUUCAUCAUGAUCGAGAACUACAAGGCCAAGAACGAGAUCGUUCUCUGAGAUCGCACAGCUACCCCGCGUGGGCCACGUGCCAUUUUUUAUCGGCAAGGACCUGCGCGACACAAGACAGUUCAAAACCCACCACCGGCAGAGUUUGAUUUGUUGAGAGAGAUAUUUAUUUAUGUCCAUAGACACACUCUAUUUAUUGAA